AUGACAACACAUUUGGAGGCGACUGGAAAUAUUUUCAGCUGGAUUUCAGUCGGAAUCAUCGAGCGAACAUUUAACGGACCAAACCAAUGGUACCAUAUCAACCGAACCUUCAUAUCCACGGAAGCCGAUCAAUAUUCAUAUGGAAAAAAAUUUGGAUGUGAUUUCCUGCAAAAGUCCUGUCACGAUUUUAUAAAAAUCACUGAAAAACGAAGCCCAACUCUGAAAAUCGCACCGUUUUGUUCGAAAAAUCAUAAUCAUAUGUGCUACAGAAUUCCAAGUUCUGAAAAACUAUACAAAAUGAGUGAUAAGGACUGUGAAAUGAGACGAGUCAUUGGUGACGGGAUUGAUAACGGAGGACAACAAAGACGGUGCCCGAUGAUAAAGCAUUUUCCAGCGAAAUUCGAAUUUUUCAGUUGUCCACCACCGCCAGGAGGAUAA